GGCUUGUCGCACCGGAGCUGCCGCCACCACCGCGCUUCCUCCUGCCGGCUCCGCAAGCCGCCUCCUAUCUCUCUGCCGUCCUUGUCAGACCCAGCCUCCAGCGCCGUCUCCUCCCGUCUGCACGCCAUGCCUCUCUACUCCGUUACAGUAAAAUGGGGAAAGGAGAAAUUUGAAGGUGUAGAAUUGAAUACUGAUGAAUCUCCAAUGGUGUUCAAGGCCCAGCUUUUUGCACUGACUGGACUCCAGCCAGCCAGACAAAAAGUUAUGGUGAAAGGAGGGACCCUGAAGGAUGAUGACUGGGGAAACAUCAAAAUGAAAAAUGGAAUGACUGUACUAAUGAUGGGGUCAGCAGAUGCUCUUCCAGAAGAACCCUCAGCUAAAGCUGUCUUCGUAGAAGACAUGACAGAAGAACAAUUAGCAACUGCUAUGGAGUUACCAUGUGGAUUGACAAACUUUGGUAACACUUGUUACAUGAAUGCUACAGUUCAGUGUAUUCGUUCUGUGCCUGAACUCAAAGAUGCCCUUAAAAGGUAUGCAGGUGCCUUGAGAGCUUCAGGGGAAAUGGCUUCAGCACAGUAUAUUACUGCAGCUCUUAGAGAUUUGUUUGAUUCCAUGGAUAAAACUUCUUCUAGUAUACCACCUAUUAUCCUACUGCAGUUUUUGCACAUGGCUUUCCCACAGUUUGCGGAGAAGGGUGAACAAGGACAAUAUCUUCAGCAGGAUGCUAAUGAGUGCUGGAUACAAAUGAUGCGAGUACUGCAGCAGAAACUAGAAGCCAUAGAGGACGACUCUGUUACAGAGACAGAUUCUUCUGCAUCAGCAGUGACACCUUCUAAAAAGAAAAGCUUAAUUGAUCAGUUUUUUGGUGUCGAGUUCGAAACUACCAUGAAAUGUACGGAAUCUGAAGAGGAGGAGGUCACCAAAGGAAAGGAAAAUCAACUUCAACUUAGUUGUUUCAUCAACCAAGAAGUUAAAUAUCUUUUUACAGGGCUUAAAUUGCGACUUCAGGAAGAAAUUACUAAACAGUCUCCAACAUUGCAGAGAAAUGCUUUGUACAUCAAAUCUUCUAAGAUCAGCCGGCUACCUGCUUACUUAACUAUUCAGAUGGUUCGAUUUUUUUAUAAAGAGAAAGAAUCUGUGAAUGCCAAAGUUCUCAAGGAUGUUAAAUUUCCUCUUAUGUUGGAUGUGUAUGAACUCUGCACACCAGAACUUCAAGAGAAAAUGGUCUCUUUUCGGUCAAAAUUCAAGGAUCUAGAAGAUAAAAAAGUGAAUCAGCAACCAAAUGCAAAUGACAAGAAGAAUAGUUCCCCAAAAGAGGUCAAGUAUGAACCUUUUUCAUUUGCUGAUGAUAUUGGCUCCAAUAAUUGUGGAUACUAUGACUUACAAGCAGUGCUAACUCACCAGGGAAGAUCUAGUUCUUCAGGUCAUUAUGUAUCAUGGGUGAAAAGAAAACAAGACGAAUGGAUCAAGUUUGAUGAUGAUAAGGUCAGCAUUGUAACACCAGAAGAUAUCCUGCGGCUGUCUGGUGGUGGAGACUGGCACAUUGCUUAUGUUUUACUUUAUGGGCCUCGAAGAGUUGAAAUAAUGGAAGAAGAAAGUGAACAGUAAUCUUCAAUUUAGCUAUUUAUGCAUAGGUGUGAAAUAAAUGGUUUUUUUUGUUGUU